CACCGGCCAUCGUCAUAGCAACCAGCAUGGCGACGGGGAAGCCUUGCUUUGCCUCUCAUCUGCUUAUUAGCUAGUGUCGGGUUCUUACUGUUACAUUUCCAUACAUGUCCAGUGUUAAAAUGAUUGCGGAGACGAACGCGAUAGUUUCCGGGUGUCUGCCGCUGCUCCUUUUUUUGGAAAAUGGGUUUCGCUGAAGACAGCGUUAUCAUGGAGUCGAGAAUAGGCAGUGUAUCUUCUGGACUAGGGUUCAGCCCUAGUGUGAAAGGACGAGCUUCAAAAUGUAGUCCUUUCUGCCCGCCGUCCACCAGCAAGUUAACACAAUCCAUCAUUAAAGAUCACAUGAUGUCUCAUUAUAAAAAGGUUUACUCAGCUAAAGCCGCCAUUGAUACCUCAGUACCCAAAAGCUUGAUUCAUAGUGUUAAAUACAAUGACCAGAUUCGUCAGGAACGCUUGAGAACAGGGCGUCGUCCUCAGUCAGCACACUCUCUUUCACAGAGGAAUACCCAAGCCUCCUGCUCCUCAGCCCAGAGUAGACUAUCUGUGCAGUAUGAUGACAGCCCCUUCCUCUACUCAAGAAGUUCUAUGAUCUCCAGCCCAAAGUUCACCUCCUUCCAUGCUAAGGAGACAGUUUAUCCAUCACAUAAAGUCAGUUCUCAGAGUCAUUCUCAUCACACUCGCCCAGCAUCAGAAAUGAAGUACAGGACCUCAGAGACUGUUUUGCAAAGAAAUCCGUCAACAUGGUCACUUGGAGCGUCAGGAUUCCAAAACUGUUACAAAACCUUCCAGGACCCUGGCCAGAAAACGUACAGUGGAGAUCUGCUCCAGAAACACUCACAGCACUUUACCCAAGAGCAACCUUUUACCCCAAAGACUCUAAAAUCAGAAAAACCUUCCUACCUGUCAAAAUAUCGCUACUACAGAGCACCAUUAAGGAAACCUCAGGACUGCACAAACUCUAGACUGACGCUUCAGGAGACAUAUCAUGGAAGCACAGAAACCAGGAAAUGUUUACAGGAGUGUGAUGAGCCUACUCAGGAAUUAAACACAGAGCUUGAAUGUUCUGAGAAUGAAUUGAAUGGUACAUACGUUUCAGCUUCGAGACAAGACACUCGAACAAACAAGAGCAGAAACAAUUAUUACUUUGAUUCAUCAUCCAGGGUUUCAUCAGAUGGUGGAAAAUCUCCAGUUAUGAUUAGUGUGUCUGCAGAGGAAGAAGAAUUAAUGUACCUUGAAUUUAUUUCUGCUGUAACAGAGGAUAUCUUGUCCAGAGGACACAUCUCUGACAGGGUCCUUGACCGAGUGAUUAAUCGGCAUAUUGACAUGAAUCGGGGUCGGCUUGAUGAGGGUAAAAUGCGCCACCUCCUGGAAGCAUUGCGUAAAGACUUUGAGGAACCAUUUGACACUUCCACCUCCAAUACAGAGCUUGAAAAAAAGGAAAAUGAUUUGCUUGAUGCACUCCUGCCACAUCAGGAAUCAAGAGGAAGACAAGUGAAGACCAAAGAAGACAAUGACCUGCUCCCCUAUGCGUCACUGAUCGAACACUGUGAUACACCAGACCACACUGAUUUCUUACCAGGAUUAACAGCACCGUGCUCCCCUGAAAGUACUGCUUCACCAGUGAAAACAAAGGAAAAUGAUGAAGAGGGUGAACCUGAAGAAAAGCGCGUUGACUCAACUCUGCUCAGUGAACAUAUUACCAACAAUUCAGGAAUCACUGAGGAGGACGUCCAUCAAAAUGAAACUGGAGCAAAUGCAACAGGCAAUGAAAUAACCAGUGAAAGCCACAAAUUGACUACUGUAAUCAGUGGUGAGGUGAUUUAUGAUGGGCAGGUGAAAGAGCUCGAGGAUCUGGAAAAAACAUUCUCUGAGUCGCUUCACAUUUUGGAACCUGCCAACGAGCGGCAUACUGAUGUAGCUGCUUCUGUCAGCGAUGAUGAUUUCUGAGUAAUACAUCAAUAAUGCUCCUUUUUACUGAGUGAGUGUUACCUCAGAAAGAAAUCUGAAUUUCUGAAAGCCCCUCUGUGUGUGUGUGUGUAACUGCAGCUGGUUGUGCUUCUGUUUUUCCACCAAUGUAUACCAAUAUAUUGUCUUUUUACAAAACCACAUUUUUUUUUCGUGUAUAUCAGAUAAAUGUCUUAUUUUAGGUGUUUUAGCUGCAACAAAUGGAGAUUUCUAGAAAAAUAGUUUAAUUACUUGGAAACUGUCUAAUGUGGUUGGUUUAGUAUAUACACCGUAUGUGUGUAAGAAUUGCUGACUGUUCCAGAAAGUAUCUUUAUUAUUGCAAUAAAUUUUUAUUCUUCUUGUAAACUUGCUCAUUAUAAUGAAAUGUUUGCUACAAACCGGUAGCUGCUUAGCCACCAGCCAGCAGCGUACACAGCCAUUAUUAC